CUGCUGCCUCCCCCGGCUGACGCUGCUGGCGACGUUGAUACUGACUGGCCGUUGGAUGUAGAUAUCGAUACCACAGGGCAUCAUCACACAGUGCAACCACCGACCAGGACGCCGGAGCCCGAACCGAGAUCUGAUAUUGCUUACUGAAGGGCAAACUAAGGAACAAAGCCAGCUGUAUAAGAAGAAAGACAGACGCGCAGCCAUGCAGGCCUCUCUUCCCUCGCGGCCGCGGACUCCCAGCGACUCCAACGGCGUCACCCAUACAAAUACCACCACCACCACCACAGCAACAACCAACAGGCCAGCCGCGGGACCCCGACGGCCCUCGCUCGGCUUCCUGCGCCGCUCGAAGUCGACCGAGCACGUCGCGGAACGCAAGUCGUCCAACAAGAUCAGCAAGAAAAUGCUGCGGGAGCAGGCCAGGGAGGAAGAAGCGCGCCGCCAGCGAGAAGCCGCCGCUGUGUCGAAACAUGCGCCGCGCCUGCCGGACCUCUCGCCGACGCCGCAGCUGAACUCCUUCGGCGGCGAGCGGAUGGCUGCCUCGUACCAGCAUCUCCAGCAGCAGCAGCAGAGCAUGUCGACGAGCCAGAUGAGAUCCGUCAUGGAUGCCCCGCCGGUUCCCCCGUUGCCGCCAGGCGCCAGAGCCGCCUUGUCGAGGGACCCAUACGCUGCUUCGGACAGCAUGGCGCACCGUGGACGGUACAGCUAUGCCAGCAGCGCCGUGAGCACGAUCAACAGCCCCAGGCGGGUCAGGAGACGAAAGGAUCCUACUCCAUACAAUAUCCUUGUGGUUGGAGGGAAGAACUGCGGCAAGACCUCGUUCCUCGAGUUCCUGCGCACCUCUCUGGCCCUGCCACCGAGCAAGCGGCCGACGAAGCCGGUGGAGGAAGAGGAGUCUCGUCCGCAGUCGCCCGGAACCCCUUUCACCUCCCACUAUCUCGAGUCCGAGAUCGACAAUGAACGCAUAGGGCUGACGCUGUGGGACUCGGAGGGCCUGCAGAAGAACAUUGUCGACCUGCAGCUGCGUGAGAUCACCGGCUUCUUGGAGAGCAAGUUCGAAGACACCUUUGCCGAGGAGAUGAAGGUCGUUCGUGCACCCGGUGUCCGUGACACCCACAUCCACUGCGCCUUUCUCAUCCUCGACCCGGUCAGGCUUGAUGCAAACAUCGAGGCUGCGAAGAAGGCCAUCACCCGUGGCCAGACGAAGGACGCCAGCCAGUACAUCGGCGGACUCGACGUCGAGCUGGAUAUACAGGUUAUCCGCACGAUGCAGGGCAUGACCACUGUCAUCCCAAUCAUCAGCAAGGCCGACACCAUUACGUCUGCCCACAUGUCUUUUCUGAAGAAGACGGUCCGAAACAGCUUGAAGCAGGCCGGUAUCAACCCCUUGGAGGUGCUGGCGCUGGACGAGCAAGAUGACACCGCCUCCGAGGAGUUUGACGAGCACGACGAAGACGAAUUGCUCAGACAGAUGGAAGAUCCGGCUGCUGACAACGGCGGCAAAGAAGACACUGCCGAGACCGCCGAGCACUGCGACUUUGUCAAGCUGAAGGACAACGUCUUCAGCGAGUGGCGAGGAGACCUGCGUGAAGCCAGCCGUGAAGUCUGGUAUGAGAGAUGGAGAACCACCCGUCUUAACCGAACGGCCAGAAAACAUCUCCAGCAGCGCCAGCAGCAUCCCUAUCCCAACAGCGGACGAAUGACGAGGUGA